AUGGCGCCUAUUACCAAGAAGCGCAAGGUUGCUCAGGCACCUGAAGAAACCGCUGAAGAGGUUGAACUUCCUUCUCCCAGCAAUGCAUCUGAUCAGAGCGACGCCGAAGAAAACGGCGUCGAAGAUGCCGUUCCUACCACCACUCCCAAGACUUUCAAAGAACUUGGUCUCAUUGACUCACUAUGCGAAGCUUGCACGAAUAUGGGCUACAAAUCCCCAACACCGAUCCAGAGCGAGACAAUCCCACUAGCACUCCAAGGCCGCGAUAUCAUCGGACUCGCAGAGACCGGUAGUGGCAAGACAGCCGCCUUCACACUCCCCCUCCUCUCCUUCCUGAUGGAAAAGCCCCAACCCUUCUUCGGUCUCAUCCUCGCUCCGACCCGUGAACUCGCAUACCAGAUCUCGCUCGCCUGCGAAUCCCUAGGAUCAACCAUCAACGUACGAUCCGUCACCCUCGUCGGUGGCAUGGACAUGGUCCCACAGUCUAUCGCACUCGGAAAGAAGCCUCACAUCAUCGUCGCGACGCCAGGUCGACUCCUCGAUCACCUCGAGAACACCAAGGGCUUCAGCUUGCGCAACCUGAAGUACCUGGUCAUGGACGAGGCCGACAGACUUCUGGACAUGGACUUCGGCCCGAUUCUGGAUAAGAUCCUGAAGGUUCUUCCUCGGGAACGCCGCACUUUCCUUUUCUCCGCGACGUUGUCUUCCAAGGUUGAGAGCUUGCAGCGCGCAUCCCUCAGCAACCCGGCGCGUGUUUCCAUCUCCUCGAGCAAGUACCAGACCGUGUCUACUCUACAACAAACGUUCCUGCUUCGGCCGUUCAAGCAUAAGGAUAUCUACCUCGUCUACCUCCUGCACAAAUUCAUGGGCCAGUCCGCUAUUAUUUUCAUGCGAACAGUACACGAAACGCAGAGAAUUGCGUUUUUGUUGAGAGGACUCGGGUUCGGCGCAAUCCCGCUCCAUGGACAAAUGUCUCAAUCUGCUCGUUUGGGCGCACUUGGCAAAUUCAGAUCCAAGAGCAGAGAAAUUUUGAUUGCCACCGAUGUCGCUGCUCGCGGUCUUGAUAUUCCAUCAGUUGACGUUGUGUUAAAUUACGAUUUGCCGAGUGACUCCAAGACCUACAUUCACCGUGUAGGCCGUACAGCUAGAGCCGGAAAGUCGGGCAAAGCCAUUUCCUUCGUAUCACAGUAUGAUGUGGAAGUUUGGCAGCGCAUUGAAGCAGCGCUCGGAAAGACUUUGGAAGAAUACGACGCACCAAAAGAGGACGCCAUGGUCUUCGAAGCUAGCGUCCACGAAUCCCAGCGCGAUGCAAUCCAGGCCAUGAAGGUCUACGACGAGAAGAAGGGUGCAAAGGGUAAAGGGAAAUUCAGCUUCAAGGGCAAGCGAGGCCGCGACGCCAUGGACCAGGAAGAAGGUUAA